UUGCCCGUAGUAGGAUUCGUAACUUCUCUCGGCGAAGAUGGCGGCGUGUAGACGUGUGCAGCGACUGCUGCUGUUCAUGUUCAUCUGCGGCUGGGUUGGUUCUGCUCAUGGAUUCAAUUCGGACAAAGAUAAAGACGCAGAUAAUUCCGAAAGAGGCAAAAAUGCAGCGGUAGAGGGGAAAGCGUCGGCGCUGGAUGGGGCCUCGGCGCGGCGCAGCGGCGGCUGGAAGCUCGCGGAGGAGGCGGCCUGUCGGGAGGACGUGAGCCGGAUCUGCCCCAAACACUCCUGGAACAACAACCUGGCCGUGCUCGAGUGCCUGCAGGACCGAAAAGACGAGACUGAAAUCGCUACAGACUGCAAUCACCUGCUGUGGAACUAUAAGUACAAUCUGACGACCGAUCCGAAGUUCGAGUCUGUGGCCGUCGAGGUGUGCAAGAGCACCAUCAGUGGGAUUAAGGAGUGUGCUGCUGAGGAGCGUGGGAAGGGUUACCUGGUGUCCUGUUUAGUAGAACACCACACAAACAUCUCUGAGUACCAGUGUAACCAGUACAUCACCAAGAUGACCCGCAUCAUCUUCAGCGAUUACCGGCUGAUCUGCGGCUUCAUGGACCAGUGCAAGGAAGACAUCAACAAUCUGCACUGUGGAAGCAUCAACACCGGAGAGAAGGACCUCCACUCUCAGGGCGAGGCGAUCGCGUGUCUGGAGAAAGCUCUGGUGUCUGAAGCCGAGGAGCAGCAGGGGCAGUACACCAUCAAAGAGGGGUGUAAGAAAGCCAUCAUGCGUGUGGCAGAGCUCUCCUCCGACGACUUCCACCUCGACCGUAAUCUCUACUUAGCCUGUCGGGAAGACCGCGAGCGCUUCUGUGAAAACACUCCAGCAGGAGAAGGGAAGGUCUACAAAUGUCUGUUCCACCACAAGUUUGAGGAGAGCAUGUCGGACAAAUGCAAGGACGCUCUCUCCACUCGUCAGAAGCUGAUCGCUCAGGACUACAAGGUCAGCUACUCGCUGGCUAAAGCCUGCAAACCAGACCUGCGUAAAUACCACUGCAACAUGGACACGGCCAUGCCUCGCGGCAAAGAGGCCAAGCUCUCGUACCUGCUGCUGUGUCUGGAAGCAGCCGUGCACCGAGGUCAAACCGUGAGCGGCGAGUGUCAGGGAGAGAUGCUGGACUACAGGCGCAUGCUGAUGGAAGAUUACUCGCUCAGUCCCGAGAUCGUGCUGCAGUGCAGAGGAGAGAUCGACACGCACUGCUCCGGCCUGCACCACAAGGGGCGAACCCUGCACUGCCUCAUGAGGGUGUCCCGGGACAAGGGCGUCUUGGAUGGACCAUGCCAGAAAGCUCUCCAGACACUGAUACAGGAAACAGAUCCCGGGGCCGACUAUCGCAUCGAUCGCGCUCUGAACGAGGCGUGCGAGUCCGUCAUCCAGACUGCCUGCAAACACAUCCGAAACGGAGACCCCAUGAUCCUGUCUUGUCUGAUGGAGCAUCUGUACACUGAUAAGAUGGUUGAAGACUGUGAACACCGAUUGCUAGAGCUGCAGUACUUCAUCUCCAGAGACUGGAAACUGGACCCUAUCCUGUACAAGAAGUGUCAGAACGACGCGGCCCGCAUCUGUCACACUCACGGCUGGAACGAGACCAGCGAGGCAAUGCCCGCCGGAGCCAUUUUCUCCUGUCUGUACCGGCACGCUUACCGCACCGAGGUGCAGGGACGACGGGGAUCAUCAGAAACUUCUGAUGUAAGUUUGGACGAGACCUCGAAUUUAUCUCGGGACUGUAAGACGGAGGUUCAGCGGAUCCUGCACCAGAGGGCUCUGGAUGUGAAACUGGAUCCGGACCUACAGCAGCGAUGCAUGACGGACCUCGGGAAGUGGUGCAGUGAGAAGACUGAUGCGGGACAGGAGUUGGAGUGCUUACAGGAUCAUCUAGAAGAUCUGAUCCCUAACUGCAGGGAUGUGGUGGGAAACCUCACAGAAUUGGAGUCCGAGGACAUUCAGAUUGAGGCGUUGUUGAUUCGUGCCUGUGAGCCCAUGAUCCAGUCCUACUGUCAUGAUUUGGCCGAUAAUCAGAUCGACACAGGGGACCUGAUGGAGUGCCUCGUUGCCAAUAAGCACCAGAAGGAAAUGAACGAGAAAUGUGCUGUCGGAGUCACACACUUCCAGCUGAUCCAGAUGAAGGACUUUCGCUUCUCGUACAAGUUCAAGAUGGCGUGCAAAGAGGACGUGCUCAAACUGUGCCCGAACAUCAAAAAGAAGGUGGAUGUGGUGAUCUGUCUGAGUACCACGGUAAGAAACGACACUUUACAGGAAGGCAGAGAGCAGCGCGUGUCCGUGAAGUGUCGUAAACAGCUCCGAGUGGAAGAACUGGAGAUGUCUGAGGACAUUCGUCUGGAGCCGGAUCUGUAUGAGAACUGUAGGCAGGACAUCAAGCAGCACUGUCAGAACGUGGUGUUUGGAAACGCUCAGGUGAUCGAGUGUCUGAAGGAAAACAAGAAGCGGCUGACCCAGCACUGCCAUCAGAAAGUCUUCAAACUGCAGGAGACGGAAAUGAUGGACCCAGAACUCGACUUCCAGCUCAUGAGAGUCUGCAAGCAGAUGAUCAGGCGUUUCUGCAGCGAGUCAGAUGCAAAGAACAUGUUACAGUGUCUCAAACAAAACAAGAACAGCGAGCUGAUGGACCCGAAAUGCAAACAGAUGAUUACUAAGAGACAGAUCACCCAGAACACCGACUAUCGUCUGAACCCUGUGCUGAGGAAGGCUUGCAAAGCGGACAUCCCGAAGUUUUGCCAGAGCAUUCUGAACAAUGCCAAAGACGACAACGAGCUGGAGGGGCAGGUCAUCUCCUGCCUCAAACUCAAAUACGCAGACCAGCGUCUCUCUCAAGACUGCGAGGGCCAGAUCAGUGUCAUUCUGCAGGAGUCCGCGCUGGACUACAGGCUCGACCCGCAGCUGCAGCUCCAGUGCACUGAUGAGAUCCCGCGGCUCUGUGCGGAGGAAGUAGCUGCGCAGGAGCAGACGGGUCAGGUUGAGGAGUGUCUGAAACUCAACCUGCUGAAGAUCAGCCAUGAAGGCUGCAAAAAGGAGGUUCUUAACAUACUGAAGGAGAGCAAGGCGGACAUCUUUGUGGAUCCAGUUCUGCACACGGCAUGUGCGCUGGACAUCAAGCACCAGUGUGCUGCGAUCCCACCGGGCCGAGGAAGACAAAUGUCCUGUCUGAUGGAGGCUCUCCAGGAUAAGCGUGUGAGGCUGCAGCCGGAGUGUAAGAAGAGAUUACAGGACCGCAUUGACAUGUGGAGUUACGCCGCGAAGGUGGCUCCGGCAGGAGGGUUCUCGGAUCUGGCCGGGCAGGUUUUAACGUCUCCUGCCAAGUCCUACAUCCUGAGCAUGUUGGCGAUGUGCGUGAUCCUGCUGUUCCUCAUGGGUCUGUUUUGCGGCCGCAUCACCAAGCGUGUGACGCAGGAGUUGAAGGACAGAAAACUUGGUCACCCAUGGGUCGCACCCUUAAACAAGAACAGGAAAUUAUAACAAAAAUGGACACUUAUUCGAAUCAAAUCACGCGGCUUGUGCUUUAAUAUGCUUCAGCAUGCGUUUUUGCUUUAUUAUUUUCAGGCCAUGAUGUUGAAUGUAUCCAUGUUGGGGAAUUCUCGCACUAAUGGCUUUUUAGCUUCAUGUGCUUUCAAUGCUCAUAUUCCUGCUUGGAAAAACAUCCGUUCAUGACCGUGAUCUGGGUUUUCUGCACAGAUGAAGAAACUGCGUUUUCUACGUCUUCAUUCAAAGCGAUUUAAACCAGUACAGCUCUUCGCUCAACUUCCUAAUUCUGAAAAUAAAAAAAUAAGCUCCUUCAUCUACCUGUAAAUCGUUUCAUUCAACAGUCAUUGAUCUAUUUUGAUGCUUUGAAGGAGGUGUAUAAUUGGUAUAUAUUGAUACAAAUCACUUAAACUGUGGUGUUUGUAUAUAUUCGUAUCAUAUUUCAUUCACCGGGUCUGACGAGUUGGAAACCGUUGUGUGUGUGGGCUAGAAUAGAAAUGAAUGGCUUGGUAUCUGGAGAUCUAGUGUUGGUUGCCAACAUUACACUUAAUUUAUAAAUGUUGGGUUCAUAUUUCCUAAAAUACCUUUAAAAUAAAUUAAAAAAAAAUCAUUAAAAUAGGCAAAAAAAAUUAUACUUUGAUCUGACCAAGCCAAUCAAAAUUAAUUGAAAUUAUUAUAUUUUGGGGGGGUGUUUGUGUAUCUGAACAAGCCAGUCAAAAUUUGAUUUGUAUUAAGUUUUUAUUAUUAUUAUUAUUAUUAUUAUUAUUAUUGGCAUGGUCAGGUAAAUAUAGUAAAGUUUUUUUUUUUAUUUUUUUUAAGUUUGAUUGGCUUGAUCUUUCCAAUAAAAAAUCUAUAAUAUCUCCAUCCAAACCUGGCUGUCGAUGGCUGGGUGCAGGUGUUUUCACAUUAUUUUUGAAGGAGUUAAACUAGCCCUACAUGUGCAUGUCAUCUGCUCCCAAAUACCGCUUCCUGUCUGUCUAACUGAUAUAUGACAUAGAAAUGAUCAACUGAUAAAUGACGAAAUGAUUCAUUGUUUUUGUAUUUACUUUCAGUGUACAAAUUUAUCAUUAAAAAAAAAAGUAUUCUUCCUCAAAUCUGAUUAAACCGUGUACUAUACAGAUGUAACUCAAUAACUGCGCUUUUCUGUUCUCAUUCUCAUGUUUUGAUCUGUACGAGUUGAAUUGGACCGUUGUUAAUAAAAUUGAUCUGAUGGUUUGUA